AUGCCUAACUUACAGACAAUAUGUUUAUCUCGAACAGAAGAUAAAAUUAAUGAUGGACCUGGCAAUCAUUAUAUUGCCAAAGCUCUUCAAAAAAAGCAAGAAAGGAAAAUAAAUGAUGAUAAUUCCCAAAGAAUUAAAGAAUUAAAGCAACAGGAAGCUAUUAUUCAACAAGAAAUUUAA